AUGGCCGAUUUACCCAGUGAUAAAGUUGAUGAAGCUAAACAAGUCUUCGAUGUCUUUGAUAAAAAAUACGAAGGCAAAGUCGACGCAUUCUACAUCGGAGACAUGCUUCGCUCACUCGGUCUCUAUCCAACACAAGCCGAAUGUGAAAAACGUGGUCAAACGAAGAAAACCGGAGAAAAGACCAUCAAAGUAGAAGAAUUUCUUCCCAUCUACUCCGAAUUCUACAAAAUGCCAGCGAAAAAUUUCGGCACCUACGAAGAUUUCAUGGAAGGCUUGAAAUUAUUCGAUAAGGAGAGCAAUGGCUUAAUGUCCUUAGCUGAACUUACUCAAGUCCUUGUUGCUAUGGCUGAGAAACUCGAACCACGUGUGGUAGAAGAAAUUCUUCGUUCAACCAAUACAAAAGACGAUGCCGAAGGCAUGUUCAACUAUGAAACUUUCGUUCGUGCUCUUCUUCAAGGACCAUUUCCGAAUGAAUCAACUUAA